UCUCUCUUGUGUCGCAGCGGCGAUGUUGGCUCGAAGAUUUAACAGCUCGUGAAACAUGCUUCGAAUAAUUGACAAGGGUUAGGGGUUUUGGAAGCAAGUUGAAGCAAGGAUUCGCGAUCCUUGGAUGCAACCGCCAACGGCAACACUGUCUUCGCCUCAAUCCCCACCCCUUGAAGACUCCCAAGCUCACCAACAGCCUUUCGGUUACAAUCCCACCCUGUUUUCCUGGAAUUUUCGACAAUGAUGAAGAGUGCUCUUGUUCUUUUGUUGGCUGGCUCUGCCGCCGCCUUCGCCCCUUCUUCCCAGAAGGCCAGCACCAGUGCUCUUUCUGCCGUCCUUGAUGACAUGCCAGGAAACACCAAGCCCGUUGGUCCCUGGGAUCCUCUUGAAUUGGCCACAUUGGGAUCUGAUUCCACUUUGGCAUGGUUCCGUGCUGCUGAAUUGAAGCACUCCCGAGUUGCCAUGCUCGCCACCACUGGAUACCUUGUCCAAGGAGCUGGCUUCCACUUCCCUGGAAUGCUCAGUAGCGAUGUUUCCUUCGAGUCCCUUUCCACCAUGAAGCCAUUCGAUGCCUGGACUGCCGUCCCAGCCCUUGGACAGGCCCAAAUCUUCUUUACUCUUUUCCUUGCUGAAUGCAUCAGUGAAGCACAAGGAACCCACUACACAAAGGGAGGAAGCACGCCAACUGUCAUCUUCCCCCCAAUUGACUUCUCUGGAGUUGACCCCGUUGCAUUGAAGAAGAAGCAAUCCUCAGAACUUAACAAUGGACGUCUUGCUAUGAUUGCUAUCAUGAGUUUUGUGGCUGAGGCCAACAUCCCUGGAUCUGUUCCUGUCCUCACCGGCAUUGACGCCUGGUAAGCAGCUAAUCCGCCAGCCAGCUUAACCUCCUGAAUGCUACACACCAUUUCAGGCAUGUUUUACAUACUAGAAGGAGCAUAGAAAAUAGUUCAUCAUGGGGCUUGACUUCUACUAGUGCUUCGGUUCAUCUUGCUGGAUGGAACUUAAACUUCUACUAGCAGAGCGAAUUAUGUACAGGUAUAGAAAUAGUUGCACGUAGCAAACAACUUAAAAGCACAAGCAUAGCGCAGGCUGAAUGAGGUUGGAACAGGCCAGGCAAGACAGCAUCUCGCGGAUGCGUCAAGCUGGCCAGCAGAGGGUCAGACACGCUGGCAUGGAAUCCAGAAUUCUACACUAUCUUCGGCUUCUUUCACAUAGGAGAAGGAGCAUAGCAACAGUUCACGAAGGGGCUCGGUUUCUAGUUGUGCCUUGGUUUCACAGUUCUUGCUGUCCUCGUCUUGGUACUCAGAAGCGCAGGCGCAGCGAAUCAGUCGCGGCAGAAGUAAUGCUAUGUUUGUAUGGCAAGACAAGCAAGCACAUUGUUGAUGUGUUGUGCGUCCUGUUCAGCUUGCUUGGUUUCCUCGGAGGCUGCGCAAGGGCUACAUCAAUGAAGGUAGCAGUGUGCAACGAAGAUGAUCUACGCUUCAUGUUAAAAGAAAACUAGGCUACCUAC